GCUGUUAACUUUGAUAGGCGUAGCUAUUGAUCUACGUCUGAAUAUUUUAUGCGUCUCAGUAACUCUUACGCUAAACUUGGUAGCUGCUCUAUUUAUGGCGUCAUUGAUUGGUUUACACUCAUAAAACCAAUGUUUUGUGACUUGGAAUGAUUGAUCGAUCAGCUGCAAUAGGGUAUACGAAGUGUCGAAUAGCUCUUGUCGACUGGGACGCGGCUUAGGCUUUUCGGUGAACGGGUAAAAGGAAGUGCGUAAUCGCACUGUGCACCAGUUGUCGAGCUGUAGAGUUGUGUAAACUGCGGGAAUAAAAUGGCUUGUGAUGAAAGUAAUAGAGGAAACCGCCGUAUGGUGAUCAUACCCAUCAUGGUUUGUGGAGUAAUGUUGUACGCAAUGCCAAGAAGUACGAAAAUGCUGUAUGCUGCCAUAUCGGACUUCAAAAUGGUGAAUUUUAUCUACGUUGGAGUUGGUUUAUACGCUUAUUUUUAUAUUAAAAAUUAUGGAAAACUGCCCUCUAUUUUUUGCAAACGAGGGACAAAAUUGGACACGAUUAUUCGGGACCGUAUUCCUACCCUCAAAAGACGUUACAUGCCGCUGUAUUGGUUUGCCGAAUCGAGAUGUCAAACUAUUCUGAGGACAUUUUUACCGUGUUUAUCCGGUUUCAAAUACCGCAGAGAAGUCGUGGAAGAGCCGAAUGGAGGACAGUUCUAUUUAGACUGGUGUGACAAUGACCAUAACAACGUUAUUUACCCAAAUAGUAAGACGAGGCCAACUAUUUUUAUUUUGCCUGGUGUAACAUCAACAAGUAAAUCGACAUAUGUAAGGUCUAUUGUAUUUAGACUUGUACAAAAUGGAUAUCGAGUGAUGGUUAUCGUUAAUCGUGGACUUGAUGGAAUGGAAGUCAAGACACCGACUACCUACUGUGCAACACACACGUAUGAUAUGGAAAUAGCAAUUCAAAGAUUUCAUCUGACCUUUCCGGAGGCGAAACUUUUUGCCUUGGGCUGCUCUUUAGGAACCCUUAUGUUAGGAAAGCAUUUAAGCCGAAAAGGUGAUCGAUGUGGAUUAGAUGCCGCCUUGUUUUUUUCUUGUCCAUUCAACGCGCCUGUGUGUGCAGAAGAAGUUGAAAUAUGGACAAAUAGGGUUUUGAUUAACGAGCAUGUUGCCAGAGAACAAAAAAGGAUUUAUCGAAGAAAUAGCCAAGUCUUUGAAAACUUGGUUGAUCACGAAAAAAUCAUGAACGCUAGGCAUAUGCGCGAGUUUGAUCAUCAUUUUACAGCUCCAUUGUUUGGAUAUACGAGCGCGGAAGAAUACUACGCCGACUGUAUUUUAUGUGAAAGGAAACUGAAAUCAGUUAAAGUACCUUUAUUAUGCGUAGGAUCGAACGACGAUAUGUUUUCCCCAGAACACGGUUUGCCUAAGGACGAAGUAUGCAAAACCGAUAAUGUUGCACUUGUGAUGACAUACGGCGGAGGUCACGUGAGCCAUCUUCAAGGUUUAAAUCCAUUUGCAGAAACGUACUUUGAACAAAUUAUGGUUGAAUUUUUCGAUGCUAUGAUGAAUAAUGAAGACAAGUCAUAGAAUAAAUAGUAAGAUGUCAUCGAAAUAUAGAUUCAAACCACUUAAAGUGAUUGAAAUGGCUACGUCUCCGCUGUACAUAAAUGGACAAAUCUGGCCUAGCAAAACUGAAUAUACUCGUAGAAGACGUUGCAGAGAAUAUUCUGCGGUUCAGCAUAUUAUUCAAACCUGCUGCCAAUAUUACAGACCAGCCUUCUAUUAAGUAAGCCAUUUAUAUGGUCAUUGGGACUAAACACCCAGCCUUAUUCCUACUCAUGGGUUGACUACUCAUAUCUUCUUUACUAAUUGGUAUUGUAGAUGGUUUGGUUGUAGUUUUCAGACGAUUUAUUCGAAGUAAUAUACUGCUUUGAACUCUUUAUGUAUAUACAUUUGACAGCAAUCAUAUACUGUAUUAUAUGUUUAUCAUAGAUAAUAAAUGUUUUUGAAUAUAAUACUACACAUAGCCUUUGGAAAACAAUGCAACUUUUUUUUAUACACAAUGCACUUAGAUUAAAAAAAAAACAUGUUGCGUAUUUUGCACAAUCAUUUCACCUAUGUUUUUGGUAUUUAUUAUUCUUCAUUUGAAACAAUACAUUUAGUGUACUUUAAUUAUGUAAACACCUCACGCCACUUACAUGUUUCCACUUGAUAUGUAUGGUAAAACGCUAUCGGAUAUUUUGCUGUUUUAAAGGUCAUGUGGAAUCGUAAUAAUGAAACAAAUUAAAAUUUUUCGAGGGAGUUGAAAUUUUCAGAGUUCUUCAGAUCUAUAAUCAGGUUUUUAAUAUUGUUAUCGAUUCAUAAAUUAUUUGUUGCUUUGCAUUUUCAAAUAAACGCAAGUACCCGAAAACUUUUAUCUGCUAAUCUAUCAGAACAUGAUAUAAUAUCAAUGCAUCUCUAGUUUGAGCAUGUAAGAUAGCCUUCAUUUUUGGACUUUUUGCUUCUUCUGCCGUGUGUGUAAAAUGCUUUAUUUCCUAAUCUUUUGCAGUAUUUCUGAGAUUUUGUAUACGAAGAAAACAAUUUCAUACAAAUUGAAA